AUGAGCUCCAGGCGCCAACGGUAUACCCUUGGGCACGGCGUGUACGCUGGGGAGAUCGUUCUCGACAACGGGGAGACCAUCUGGGUUGAGUAUCUCGACGAUGUUGUGAACCACGCGGUAUCGGCGCUGGAGUAUCUCCAAGACGCCGUCGAAUAUAUCGCCGCGAGAAUUUGCGAAGUCGAGUCUUACAACUCCAUUCAAAUUAGGUCCAUAUUCCACAGCACCACAAUCCAGAAUGGGAGGAAGGUCCACGACCGACUUGGGCAUCACCUAACUUUUACGGCGGCGCGUUACGUCAAUGACGUUGUAACAGAGUCGAAAACAGGCCAUGCAUACGUCAGCGGCAUAGAUCUGAGGCGUAGUGCCGAGCGUUGGUAUGACAGAGUCGAACUUCAACGUGUGAGGUGGGACGAUGAGAGAGGGUCCUCGCAAGGGAGUCGCGACACCCAAAGCACCAGCAGUAGGCGGUCGGCUGAGCGGAGCACGAGCUCGCGCAGUGCAGCUGGUCAGUCUUCGACCGCUUCAACUGCUGACGGAUGGUACCCGGACCCGUGGGCGGCGGAAUCUGGAAUGGCUGAGCGAUACUAUGCGAAUGGCCAGUGGACGGAGUACACACGUUGA